CCUCCUCUUCCUUGCUAGCCUCCGCCCCCUCCGCCGUGGCCACGCCCGCCAGCGGGGGUGGGCAGUCGCGAAGCAGCAGUCACGGACACUGCGGCACCACCGCCUCAUGACGGCCAAGAUGGGAGCCAGGGACGACGAGUACGACUACCUCUUCAAAGUGGUGCUGAUUGGAGACUCCGGCGUGGGAAAGAGUAAUCUGCUGUCGCGCUUCACGCGCAACGAGUUCAACCUGGAGAGCAAGAGCACCAUCGGCGUGGAGUUCGCCACGCGCAGUAUCCAGGUGGACGGCAAGACCAUCAAGGCGCAGAUCUGGGACACGGCCGGGCAGGAGCGCUACCGUGCCAUCACCUCCGCUUACUAUCGUGGAGCGGUGGGCGCGCUACUGGUGUACGACAUCGCCAAGCACCUGACGUACGAGAACGUGGAGCGCUGGCUCAAGGAGCUGCGCGACCACGCCGACAGCAACAUCGUCAUCAUGCUCGUGGGCAACAAGAGCGACCUGCGGCACCUGCGCGCCGUGCCCACCGACGAAGCGCGCGCCUUCGCCGAGAAGAACAAUCUUUCGUUCAUCGAGACGUCCGCUUUGGACUCCACGAAUGUCGAGGCCGCCUUUCAGAACAUCCUUGCGGAGAUCUACCGGAUUGUCUCUCAGAAGCAGAUCUCGGACCGGGCCGGCCAUGACGAUUCCCCGAGCAACAACGUGGUGGACAUCACCGUGCCCCCCACCUCGGAGCAUGGCAAAUCCAACCGCUUCCAGUGCUGCCAGAGCCUCUGAAUGCUCGGCCCCUUGUCCCUCUCUUUUUCUCUUACCUCUCUCUCUCUGCGUCUCUUCUCUAUCUCCUUUUCUCUCUUUCUCCCCCUCUCUCCAAGGGCCAAUCGUGAGUGUAAUCCACCCCCCCCCCCACCUCGCGCGCGCGUGAGCCGCUCUCUCUCUCUCUCUCUCCAGUGUGUCUUUGCCCCCGGCCUCCGGUCAGGCCUCCCGGAAGGACCGACCGUCCUCACUUUGCGUUUCCGUAGAGCUUUGUUGGCAGCCUUGCUUGCCGUGCGCGUGGAGCCUCGGGUAGUUUUUAGCCGGACGUCGCUUCGGUCGUGUGCCGUGCGCGGGGCUGUUUUGGCGAACCGGAGCUAGGGGGCCGUCUCCUCCCGUUGUCACGGCCGCCGCCAAUCAAAUCCCGUCGACGUUUGUGGUUAUUAUUUCCGUUUGAUGUGGAAUUUGCGGAGAAUGCAGCAUUAACGUGAGUGUUUUAUCGUGCGGUUGUCACGUCUGCUAUCCAGAGCGUCGCUUUAUUAAUAAUGGAGCAUGCCGGCAUGUGUACGUGAGCGUGCGUGAGAGGUGUGGGUGGGGGGGGGGCGGGGGGGGGUGUCCCUAUUCACGCUUUACCUUUGGCACAGACGAUGACCCGUGCGUGUGUGGCAGUGUGUGUGUGCGUGCGUUAGCCCACGUGCGUUUGUGCAUUUACCCGUGUGUGUGUGUGUGUGUGCGCACGUGUCUGCAUACAUUUGUGGAGGUUCUCUUCAGACAUAAGUUGGCGUUUCACUGGUAGGGCAUGGGUUGUAGGGCUCAUUCAUGAGAUUCAAAGGCACUUGUUUUUAAAACCAAGAUUGACAUUUUUCCAUUGUCACAUUACUUGACUGUCACAUUCGGUUUUAAAGUUUCUUUAAUUCACGCGGCUGCAAAUUGUGUUUUAUUUUUAUUUUUUAUACUAACCGUAAACGAAUCACUUGGAGUAUACAUUAAAACGCAUCGUUAGCUUCACACGGGGCAGGGGAAGGGGGAAAACGGGUCUUUUGGGGAAUGGUGUGGCGCUGGUCGGUGGUGCCCCGGGGUAUCAGGCCACAGUCAGCGGCUUCAGAUUUCUGGGCACCUCCGCUGUGGCACCCCCCCGCCCCCAACCUCCGUUUGUCGAUUCACGAGAUUCCGAGUUCCACGCAGCUUAGCACUACUCGCCAUCGCCGCGGCUUUGGGAACGAGCACGGUAUGGCACUGCCUUCAUAGUUAUGCCAUCUAUUUCAUUGCUCCUUGUAAGCAUUGAUUCGUUGUUUUUUAGGCUACCGCCUUGUAACCUCGCCCCCACUGUUGACAGCCGACAGGAGGGCCCCGCCCCCCCGGUUUGUGUGUCGGUGUGAAGAUGGGUUCUGCUGUUACUUAAUGGAACAUUUUCCAAAUUGCUCUUAUUUUCCUCUUGGCAAUUGCUGGAUCCGGUCCCUCCCAUCAGCGUGCGCGAAACCAAUCUGCAGAUUCCAGUAAGAACCGCGGAGUUGUUUCAAGUGCCGUUUACGUUUAAAGAAAAAAACACAACCGAUGGGGACGAGGGGGGUUCAGAGGAGGUGAGAUUCCACCGCAGUCCAUUGCCGGACGUGUCGACUGAGACGGCCUUUAACCGGCAAAGUUACCUUUCAAGAUAAUGAGCAAAGCUUUGGGAAAACCAGAAAAAGACAUCAGUUGGUGUCUGUGCAACGCCUUGCGGUCCACCAAAGUCACCGAGACCUUAGUCCCUGGGCCAGAGCAAAAACUGGUACCACCUAAAAGGUAGCAGAACUUUGGUCCACACCGAUUUGUGUUGUUGGCAAGGCUAAUACGAGUGGGAUUACUUGAUAAUCCCGCUCGUUUGAAGUGGUUAUCACGUAAUUCCCCAUUAUUGGCCACCACAGAGAUAUUGGAAGCGCUGAAGUGAUGUGACCUCGCGUGGUCCUGACGAGUGAAACAACUGGUCUGGGGCUCGUGGGGCUCCCUGUGCCCACUCUGCAUGCUUCAGCUUUGGGAGUGCAGCCAGCAACAUUGGUGUCUCAUCGUCAACAUCGUCAUCUCUAUCAUCGUCGUCGCUAAGCAUCUUGUGAAGAAGUAUUUUUUGUACGAUAUUGGCUUCACUAUUUAUUUAGAGUUGUGUUGGGGUUUUUUUUUUUACGGAUGUCUUAAGUUAUGCUUGAUUACGUGUGUAACAAAACGAUCACAAUAUUAUGCGUAUGGUAACGUCAAAACUUAAUACAGACGAGUAUGUUGUAGUAGUUCAGGAUAAUUCCUGGUGUCUGCUGUAAUCUUAAUUAUAAUAAAGUUGAUGAUGCUAAAAACAACAAUAAUAGUAAUAAUUAUAAUAAACGGAUUUUAAACUUCA